UGAGUGAAGUUCUCUGUUAUUACGAAAUAAUAAUAAUAAAUAAUAAAUAAUGAAAACCUCAUCUCUAUAGGUGGAAAACUAACUUGUUUUACUGCUACAAAUGUGGAAUUCUAUAAAAAUGAAUCAUCAAUUCAUCAUUAUCAUUUCAGUUUAAAGAUUAUAAGGAGGAACUAACAAAACCCAGUUUGUCUUCAAAGCAAAAGAUGGGUGUUGAAGUUGACCAAGAAUCAGCCACCAAAAAUGAAAUUCCAACAAAAUCCUUAUUAAGAUACAACUCUCCCAUUGUGCAAAUAAUCUUGAUUGCCCUGGUUUGUUUCUGCUGUCCUGGCAUGUUCAAUGCGCUCUCAGGCAUGGGAGGUGGAGGCCAAGUUGACCCCACAGCCUCAGACAACUCCCUUACCGCUCUCUACACCGCGUUCACCAUCUUUGGCAUACUUGGUGGUGGCAUAUACAACAUCUUAGGCCCCCAUCUCACCUUGCUCUCUGCCUGUUUGACAUAUGUUCUCUAUGCAGGCUCUUUCCUUUACUACAAUCAUCACAAGAACCAGGACUUUGCCAUUGCUGCUGGAGCCCUUCUUGGUGUCGGUGCAGGCCUUCUAUGGGCUGGACAAGGUGCCAUCAUGACUUCUUAUCCACCUCCUGAUCGAAAAGGGACAUACAUUUCCAUUUUUUGGAGCAUCUUCAACAUGGGAGGUGUCAUUGGUGGUUUAAUUCCUUUUAUUCUAAACUAUCACAGAACCGAGGCUGCUUCUGUUAAUGAUGCUACUUACAUAGCUUUCAUGUGUUUCAUGACCGUAGGAGCUGUUCUUUCCUUGGCUAUUUUGCCCCCGAAUAAGGUUGUCCGUGAUGAUGGAACUAGAUGUAGUAACAUUAAGUAUUCCAAUGUUUCAACUGAGUUUGUUGAGAUCAUCAAGCUUUUUUUGAACUGGAAGAUGCUUUUAAUAGUUCCAGCUGCUUGGUCCAGUAAUUUCUUUUACACUUAUCAGUUCAAUAACGUUAAUGGGGUGUUGUUUAACUUGAGGACUAGAGGAUUGAACAAUGUGUUCUAUUGGGGUGCACAAAUGAUAGGCUCAAUUGGAAUUGGUUACAUGAUGGAUUUUAGCUUCAAGAGUAGGAGGACAAGGGGUUUUUUGGGAAUUGCAGUGGUUGCAAUUCUUAGCACUGUGAUUUGGGGUGGAGGACUAGCCAACCAGGUCAAGUACAACCGAGAAGAUGUAGCCAAAGACGGGUUUAAGAAGUUGGAUUUCAAAGAAUCAGGUGAUGAUUUUGCAGGGCCAUUUGUCUUGUACUUUAGCUAUGGUUUGUUGGAUGCCAUGUACCAAAGUAUGGUUUAUUGGAUAAUUGGAACUCUGGCUGAUGACUCUGAAACCCUGAGCAGGUAUGUUGGGUUUUAUAAGGGAGUACAAAGUGCUGGGGCAGCAAUUGCUUGGCAAGUUGAUACACACAAAGUUUCUUUCUUAUCCCAAUUGAUUGUGAAUUGGUCACUGACUACAGUGAGUUAUCCACUUCUGGUUAUUUUGGUCUUCUUUGCUGUAAAGGAUGGGAAUAAAUCUGAAGAAGGAGAUGCCAAAGUGGGCACUCCUGUAUCCAUCCAAUAAGGUCAUUCUUGUUCAUUGACAAACAAGAAUCCUUGUGGUCUUCUUUGCUUAUAGAUUUUUUAUUGUGAUUAGUAUUUUCUACUGUUUUCUAACUCUUAACACAAUUGUUAUAUCUUCACCAUGUAAUUGUUCCAAUGAACCACGCGUUAAUCAAAAGUUGUUGCCUAGCUAGCUAGAAACUCGAAAAGUUUUAGCUCAUAUGUCUCCCAACCUAUAUUGUUGCAGAACAGUUUGCUUUAAGCUUAUUCAAUUAUCAUUAUUUCAUGACAGUGUAUGAUUAUCAAGGUUGAAGAAAGUAGUUUGAAGAUUGA